UUAGGGAAUCUGGUCCAUCUGCAGAAGCAUUGUCACAGUAGCGGACCAGCCAGUUGUCAGUCAAGUUCCCUUCGCUGUGUAGUGCCUUAGGCAGAGCAAGGUUUCCCCCCCGAAAAUUCGAAUUCCCUUCCAACUUCAGUCGAAAAAAUAAAUAUAAACAUCUACGAUGAUGUUUUACAUCCUCCAUCACGUUCUUCUCCGAUUCCUUCAUUGAGUGAGGAAUUCGUAACUCGUAACUCCAACGAUUAGUUGAUUCGCUGUAAUUUCUUCACCAUGACGACUAAAAAAGACAGAAUGCAGACCCAUGAGGAAGUGCCGGAGCGAGGCACCUGGGCCAGCAAGACAGAGUUUAUCCUCUCGUGCGCUGGCUACGCCAUCGGAAUAGGAAACGUAUGGCGAUUUCCCUAUUUGUGCUACCGAAAUGGUGGAGGAGCUUUCCUGGUGCCUUAUCUACUCAUGCUGUUUCUGUGUGGCAUCCCCCUGUUCUUCAUGGAGUCCUGCAUGGGACAAUUCGGCGGGACAGGAUGCAUCACCAUGUUCAAGAUGAGCCCCUUGUUCAAGGGCGCGGGAUUUGCGAUUGUCAUUGUCAAUCUCAUCUGCACGAUGUAUUACAAUGUUAUUAUUUCUUAUCCACUCCUGUUCCUGUCAAUGUCGUUCAAGAACAAGCUUCCUUGGGAGGAUUGCGAUAAUCCGUGGAAUACUCCUAGUUGUAUCAAAAUCAACGAUGUUAGAGUUAAGAACACAACGGAAGUCGAAGGUCUACUGCAGAAAGUCAGUACUCCUGCUGAAGAGUUUUUCAAUCGACACAUUCUUGAAAUUUCAUCUGGAGUCGACGAAAUGGGUGGCAUUGUCUGGCCACUUUUCAUCUGCAACCUCAUCUCCUGGAUCAUUGUCUUUCUCUGCAUAUGCAACGGCGUAAAAAGCGUCGGCAAGGUGGUGUAUUUCACAGCUACUUUCCCAUUCGUUAUCCUAUUUAUACUGCUGAUACGAGGCGUCACCCUUCCAGGUGCCUCCGAUGGCAUCUGGUUUUACAUAACACCGAAGUGGUCGCAACUCACUGAUUUACGAGUUUGGGCUGAUGCAGCCAUUCAAAUCUUCUUCUCUUUGGGUCCUGGAUGGGGUGGCAUCGUUAAUAUGGCCAGCUACAAUAAAUUCAGAAAUGACAAUAGAUUAGACGCGAUUUGGAUUCCAAUUCUGAACUGUGGAACAAGCAUCUUCGCAGGUUUCGUAGUCUUCUCGGUCCUGGGAUUCAUGGCUCACAGAACAGGUCUGCCCGUGGCAGCAGUAGCAACUGGGGGACCGUCGUUGGCCUUUGAAACAUACCCCGAAGCCCUCACCAUGCUCCCCUUCCCACAACUCUGGUCUGUUCUCUUUUUCGCCAUGCUCUACUUUCUGGGGAUGGACAGUUGCUUCGUGCAAAUCGAGGCCAUAAUAUCAAGCGUGACAGACGCGUAUCCACAUUUGAGAAAACGAAAACAACUCGUGGCAAUGGGCUCUAUGUUUGUACUCUUUUUGGGAUCGCUCAUGUUUGUCACAAAUGGUGGAAUGUAUCUUUUGCAAAUGUUUGACUGGUACGCAGCUUCUGUUUCUGUGAUAUCCAUCUGUCUGGCUGAAGUAAUCGUAGUUGGGUGGACUUAUGGUUGUGACAAUUUUGUUCGUGACGUAGAAUUCAUGCUAGGUAAAAAAUUAAAUCCGUGGUGGCCAUAUUCCUGGAAAUACAUCACACCAGUUAUCCUCACAUUCAUCUUCGCCACAACGAUUGUCUUCAACACGCGAAUAUCGUACAAUGGUGUUCAAUAUCCUGAGUGGGCAGUCUUUCUGGGGUGGUGCUCGUGCAUGGUGAGCAUGCUCUGCAUCCCUGGGUACAUGAUCUACUUCCUCCUGAAGACGAAGGGAUCCUUGAAAAAGAGAUUCGAGGUCGGCACGAGCCCCACCCCCGAGUGGGGACCUCAAAAGGCUGCAGACAGAGAAGCAUGGAAAAGAUAUCUCUCAGGAACGAGUGACCCAGAGCUCUCCAACAUAAAUAUUAUAAAAAUCACGAGUCUCUGAAGAAUGUAUUACAAAAGAAUUAAAAUUAAAAACAUAUCUUUCAUGGAUCUCAUACAUCAGGGAGGGGUUGGCGCCAUCAGUUUUCAUCUGUCUGACAUGUUAACCUAAGAAAUGUAAAAUAUAAGGUUUCAGGAAAUGAAUCAAAAUUA